AGCGCAUGUGCCGCUUCCCUAUCAACAAGUGCAUGUGCUUAGAACUUGAAAUCAAUUUAGAUAAAUAUGAAGGAUUAAAAGGGACAAAACACAUGAGCAGCGUGCUAAUUUAGGUCUUAUACCUACCAAAGGCAGUAACCAUUUAACACAGAAAUGCUCGUAGUUCUCUCUGGGUCUACUGAAAGGUUGCCCUGGUUGGAUUCAAAAUAGAGUUAUCUCGGUGGAGAUUGUUGAUAGGGGCCUGAAUUGGAGGAAAUAUCAAGAGUUUUCGUAAUCCAUGGCAAGUAAACAAAAGAAGUCAAGUAUGAAGAAGGAAACGAGAUCAAAUUCAGCCAAAAUCUCUGCGUCUUUAAAAGAUCAGCUCAUCAGUAAGGAAAAAUUGGAGGAUUUAACCAAUCAAAAUGAAAAAUUACAGAAAACAAUUCAGACAUACAAAGAGGAAAAUGGCCAACUGAGAGACAAAGUGGAAUAUCUCGGCAAAAAAAUUGUGGAAUAUGGGCAGAGCAAAGGGUACAAGUUGUUGGAGGAAGAAAAUUCUAAGAUGCCAUUUAAUGUGUCAGUGGAAAAUUUGAAUAAGAUCUUGGACUUCAUUAUAGAUGGAGAUAGACGUAAAAAGAAAGGUCCCGUUGAAUUACGGGUGGAAGAACUUGAAACAAGGAUUACUCAUCUAAAUAUGGAACUUGCUAAGAUGGUACAAUUAAGACUGAGUCUAGAAAAUGGUUUAGAGGAUAUAGAGUUUUGUGAGACGCUUGUAGAUGCUAAAACAAAGGCUAGAUUUUUGCUAUAUGAACUCAAGGGGAAUCGUCUUUUCUCCUGUUUGGAACAAGAAGAAGACGAGAACUACGAUGUGACGACGGUCCCCCCUAAUGAGGCCGAUCACCCUGUGUCAACCACAGUACCCCCACUAGACACACCCAAACAGUCCCUAGUCAAGGAGUUCCAACCCGUCAGUCUGUCACCGCCAAUGAAGAAACUACCUGGUGACACUCAUAUUAAGAACAUGCAUCCAGAUCUCAAGAAGUAUGUCAUCCAGAAUCUUAGCAUGUACAAAGGAAACGGUGCUGACUGGAGGAUGCUGGGAGAAAGAGUGGGGAUUCCCCUGGAGACCAUUCAGCAGUGGCGGCGGUGGAAGGUGGAGAAUCCGGCUGAAUAUGUCCUCCAGUCGUGGGGUCAGAGUGGAGGAGCCACGGUCCGCAUGCUCCACCGACAUCUCAUCUCGCCACAGAUGACCUGCAUCAUACUUGCCAAACGCAUCAGUGACUUUUAUUUGGUGGAGUGAUCCAUAGAAGAAAUCUGAAUCAAAAUGCCUCAAUAUAAGAUAUACUCAUGGAAAUUAUUUGAUGAAUAACAUUCCCUUGUCUCUCAAAACUUUUAAAAAUGACACCAGAAAAACAUGAAGUAACAUGCAGUUAACUGCUAUAUAACUUACCGGUACAUGUAUUUCCAUCGGUGUGCUUUACUUGUAAUUAAAAGGAGUUGAGAAACAAGAUGUGCCAAUAUAUAUUAGACUCUCAAUAUCAGUAUUUGUAAUAGGAGGUGUAAUCUCAUAAUGUGGUAUAUAAAUAAAGUAUUUAAAAUUGAGAUAUUUUUGUAAAAACUGAUAGGUAGUAUAUCAUCUGCAAAAAGUGGAGAAAAUUUUUUUUUAACAUGCAAUGUUGUGUUUUUGAAAUGUAGGAUGCUUUGAAAGGAGUUGUAGAUUUUAUAGGAUGUGUUUUUGAAUGGAAUUUUAGAUUUCAUAGGAUUUGUUUUGAAUAGGAUAUUUAAAAAAAAAAUUGCAGUCCUUGCCAAUUAACAUUUAGUUUUGCUAAUAUCACAACUGAGAUGAAAGGAAGGCCCAACAUUCCCAGUUAAGUUUAGGGUUAAUUUUACUGUAUGCACGAUCCAGGUACCUUGAUAUAGGAGAGAUUUAAGAGUGACCUCUCACUAUAGAAGAGAAUAAUUUGGUGCAAUUGUAUGAAGUGCCAUUAAUUUUGCACAUUGUGUGAGUUUUUAAUAAAAUGCAUAUUGGUUAUA